GGAAUCAACAGCCGCCAUCUUGUCGCGGCUCGGGCUCGGGAUUUCGGUACGGCGCUAUUUUUUAUUUGGGAGCGCGGCGCGCCGAGGCGGCGUUUAACGACACCCUUCGGCCCGACACGACGCCUUUAAACCGCAGCGAGGACCGUUUCGGCGAAAAACCCGGGAAUCGAGCGGCGUUCGUCGGCCGAAAGCAGCCCGCUCGGUUCGUCGGCUCCGCGUUUCCCCCUCAGCCCGUCUCUCCGUAUUGUUUACUGGGGGCGCCGCCGGAGCGCAGACGGGCAGCAGCGCGGGCGCAGCUCCGCACGGACACGCCGCGCUUUCUGCAGCUGCGCCUUUUUAACCGAACCCGAGCGGCUUUUUCCUUCGCCUUGGGGUUUUUUUGCACGACGUCAAAGAGAAAAGCGGCUUGUUUGGUGCGAUGCACAUUUAGCGUCGUCCGGCGCGGAGAGAGGGAGAGGGAGAGAGAGAGGGAGGGAGGGACUCUAGCGCUCUCUCGCUCUCUCGCCCGCGGAGGAGACUCCUGUGGAUAUUUCUGAUUUCGCUCCGAACUCGGUUCUCUCUGCCGAGGAGCCCUAAUUUCUCUCUCUCGGGCGCUUUAGCGGCGAUAAUGUGGGUGUUGGGUGUUGGAUUAUCAUGGGGUGAAUGGCGGUGGCGACGCGCGGCGCUGUUGUUGCUUUUUUGAACAUUCCCUUCCUCGCUGCUAGCUAGCUUAGCGGGCUAACUAGCCAGUCGGCUCGCUAGCUAGCGCCCCCUCCCCCCUUCCCCUUCAGAAACGCGGAGAGGGAGCGAGAGAGAGUUAUUUCCCCUCUUCAGCCCGAAGGAUUCUCUGUUUUUGUUUUUUUCUUGCGCUCGUUUGCGGGCCAGAAGGACGCCUGCUGAAAAAUCUGGGAGAAAAAUGGCUGAAAAUAUCCUCGAGGUCGGACCGCCGAACGCCAAGAGACCGAAGCUGACAGCAGCCGCUUUGCCCUCAGCCUCCGACGGAGCAGAGCUAAACUCCUUGUCGUGGGAUGACCUGGAGAGUAAUCUUCCAGAUGAGCUGAUUCCCAAUGGUCCUAAUGGAGACCUGGGUUUGAUGACCAUGCCCUCCAAUGGCGGCGGGGCAGGUACGGGAGGUCUGGUGCCCGAUGCUGCGGCCAAACACAAGCAGCUCUCUGAGCUCCUCCGGGCCGGCAGCAGCGCAAACCUGUCCGCAGGCCUGAACUCAGCCAGUCCUACACCCAGUGGCAUGGGGGCACAGCUGGGAGCGCUGGGGAAGAGCCCCAUGGGCCAGGGGUCUCCCUCACAUCCUUCACAGACUCAAAAGCCAGGGGGGGGCGCAGGCACGCAGGGUAACGCCGCAGGGGCAGCCGGCAUGGGGCUCAGCACUGGCUUUAACCAGACUAUGCUGAGCAACGCCCAGCCGCAUGGCAUGAUGGGACAAAACGCGAGUGCCCAGCAGGGUCAAGUGAUCAAUGGAACUCUGGGACCAGCCGGGCGUGGCCGGGGCGGAGCAGGGAUGCAGUACCAGAACCCUGCCAUGCAGGGGGCGCCUUCUGUAGGGGCUUCUGUGGCAGCAGCUGGAGCAGCACCAGGCGGAGCCGGCAGUGUGCUGGCAGAGACUCUAACGCAGGGGGCGCAACAGAUGGGCAUGAACGCUCAACAGGCCAGCAACCUGAACAAGAUGGGCAUGGCCGGGGGCAAUAGUCCAUUUGGCCAGUACCAGGCAGGAGGGCAGCAGUUAGCAGGAGCGAGUGUGAACGCUCAGCUGCAGAAUAAAGCCGCUCUUCAGAACAGCCUGCCGCCCUUCCCCACCGAUCUGAAGGGUGGCACCGUGAGCAGCGUGCCAAAUAUGCCCCAGGCGCAGCAGCAGGUGUCUGUGGGCAUGGUCGGGGGUCAAGGUGUAUCUGCCGGCCCCACGGCGGACCCGGAGAAGCGGAAGCUGAUCCAGCAGCAGCUGGUACUGCUGCUCCAUGCCCACAAGUGCCAGCGACGAGAGCAGGCUAACGGCGAGGUGCGCGCCUGCGCCCUGCCCCACUGCAGGACCAUGAAGAACGUCCUCAACCACAUGACACACUGCCAGGCUGGCAAGUCCUGCCAGGUGGCUCACUGUGCGUCCUCGAGGCAAAUCAUCUCUCACUGGAAGAACUGCACGAGGCACGACUGCCCCGUCUGCCUCCCGCUGAAGAACGCCAGCGACAAACGCAACCAGCAGCCAAUGCUGAGCUCUCCCAAUGCUGGCCUGCAGAACUCUAUGGGUCCAGUAGGCUCAGGUCAGCCGACGGCGCCAGCCCUCAACACCUCGGCACCUAUAGACCCCAGCUCCAUGCAGAGAGCGUACGCCGCCCUCGGUCUCCCUUACAGCAACCAGACCCCCACACAGACACAGUCACCUGCGCAGACGCCUGGAGCCGGACAACCUUCAACCCAGUCUGCACAGACCCAGCACCAGAUGAGACCCCUCAGUGCUCUUGGUGCCAACCAGAUGAGCCUGAGUGGGGGGGCAAUGGGCGUGCCCUCGUCAGAGCAGGCCAAGCUGCAUCCAGAGACAAACAUAGCAUCCACUCUAAAUGCCAAUCAGCUGAUGUCAGACGGCUCUGCGGUGGGAUCUCUGGGUAACGUGCCCACGGCGGCCCCUCUCUCUGCCAGCGGCGUGAGAAAAGCUUGGCAUGAGCAUGUGACUCAGGACCUUCGCAACCACCUUGUGCACAAACUAGUGCAGGCUAUCUUCCCCACCCCGGACCCUGCAGCACUGAAAGAUCGACGGAUGGAAAACCUGGUGGCGUACGCACGGAAAGUCGAAGGAGACAUGUAUGAGUCUGCCAACAGCAGGGAUGAGUACUACCAUUUCCUAGCGGAGAAGAUCUAUAAAAUCCAGAAAGAGCUGGAAGAGAAGAGACGCUCUCGGCUGCAGAAGCAAAUAAUUAACCCGCCGCCUAUGACUGCAGCCGGAGCGCAGCAGCCUGCUCUGAAUCAGCCCAACGCCUUGGGACCCCGGCCACAGAAUGGACCUGUGCCUAUGCCCAAUGUGCCAAACCAGAUGAUGAACCGCAUGCAGGUUACCCAAGGGAUGAACCAGUUCAAUCCGAUGCCCAUUCAGAAUGUGCCCAUGUCCCAGCCUCCUAUGGCAGCUCGAGCCGCCUCUCCAAUGAGUCACCCACAGCAGAUGAACAUGAGUUCUGUUCCUCAGAUGGGUAUGUCACCGACAAGGAUGGCUCAAGGCAUGAUGGGAGCCCAUAGUGGGAACAUGGUGGCUCAGGCACCAAAUCAGACGCAGUUUAUGCCGCAGUUUCCUACCAACACCAACGCCAUGAACGUCAACAUGGGCCAGCCCAACACACAGGCAGCUGUUACGCAGCAGCCGCAGAACCACCCUCUGAAUGCACUUGGCCCAUUAGGCCCCCAGAUGAACUGCCCUGCGCCCCCUCAGCCCUCUCUUGGUGCCACUCCGCCCCCUAACGUGGCCACAGCCUCAGCAGCUAACCUGCCAGCGCUACAGCCUAACCAGGCCAGCACCCCUACUCCCACCCCGGUGCAGGGCACCCCGCCACAUACCCAGACCCAAACAGAGCUUCCUGCCCCAGCACAGCAGCACCCUGGCACACCGAGCGCUGAUAACCGCGUGCCCACUCCAGCAUCCACGGCGAGUGCGGACCUGCACGCCCAGCACGCUGUGCCUGAGCUGACAACGGCAGUCGAACCAAAAGCAGAGCCCAAACAGGAAGAGCAGGACUUUGAUUCCAGUGCUGUGGAGACCGAACCCAAGAUGGAGGCGGAAGACGACUCCAGCUCUCAAAUGGUCAAGAAGGAAGAACCAGAGGGGUUGGAGACCAAGCAGGAGCCGAUGGAAACCGAGGACAAAAAGGCAGACGUGAAGGCGGAGCCCAAAGAAGAGGAGGAAGGCAGGACAAAUGGCACAACGUCCUCUUCACCCUCACAGUCUCGUCGGAAGAUCUUUAAGCCGGAGGAACUGCGUCAGGCGCUGAUGCCCACGCUGGAGUCACUGUACAGGCAGGACCCCGAGUCUCUUCCAUUCCGCCAGCCCGUCGAUCCCAUACUGCUGGGCAUCCCUGACUACUUUGACAUUGUGAAGAACCCAAUAGAUCUGUCCACUAUAAAGCGGAAGCUGGACACGGGGCAGUACCAGGAGCCGUGGCAGUACGUAGAUGAUGUGUGGCUCAUGUUCAACAACGCUUGGCUGUACAACAGGAAGACGUCCCGAGUGUAUAAGUACUGCUCCAAACUGGCCGAAGUGUUCGAGCAGGAGAUCGACCCGGUCAUGCAGGGCCUGGGCUACUGCUGCGGAAGGAAGUACGAGUUCUCCCCUCAAACGCUGUGCUGCUAUGGAAAGCAGCUUUGCACCAUUCCCCGAGAUGGAACUUACUACAGCUACCAGAACAGGUAUCAUUUCUGUGAGAAGUGCUUCAAUGAGAUUCAGGGAGACAGUGUGACGCUCGGGGAAGAUCCUGCACAGCCACAAACCAUGAUUUCUAAGGACCAGUUUGAGAGGAGGAAGAACGACACACUAGACCCUGAGCCGUUUGUUGAAUGUAAAGAUUGUGGGCGCAAGAUGCACCAGAUAUGCGUGUUACAUUAUGAAGUCAUCUGGCCUGCUGGCUUUAUCUGUGAUAACUGUUUGAAGAAGAGUGGGAAGACAAGGAAGGAAAAUAAGUUUUCUGCAAAAAGGUUGCAGGUGACACGGUUGGGCACAUAUAUAGAGGACAGAGUGAACAAAUACUUGAAGAGACAGAACCAUCCAGAAGCUGGCGAGGUGUUUGUCCGAGUGGUGGCCAGUUCAGACAAAACGGUGGAGGUCAAACCCGGCAUGAAGGCCAGGUUUGUGGAUACAGGUGAGAUGGCCGAAAGCUUCCCCUACAGAACCAAAGCACUUUUCGCCUUUGAGGAGAUUGACGGGGUCGACGUGUGUUUCUUUGGCAUGCACGUGCAGGAAUACGGCUCAGAAUGCCCUUUCCCCAACACCAGACGGGUAUACAUAUCGUACCUCGACAGUAUUCACUUCUUUAGACCUCGCAUGCUUCGAACUGCCGUUUAUCAUGAAAUUCUCAUUGGCUAUUUGGAGUACGUCAAGAAACUUGGCUAUGUGACGGGGCAUAUUUGGGCAUGCCCUCCCAGUGAAGGUGAUGACUAUAUCUUCCACUGUCACCCUGCCGACCAGAAGAUCCCUAAACCUAAGCGCCUGCAGGAAUGGUACCGCAAAAUGUUGGACAAAGCCUUUGCUGAGCGGAUACUGCAUGACUACAAGGACAUCUUUAAGCAAGCAACUGAAGAUCGUUUGACGAGUGCGAAUGAGCUACCAUACUUCGAGGGCGAUUUCUGGCCCAAUGUGCUGGAGGAGAGCAUUAAAGAGCUGGAGCAAGAGGAGGAGGAGAGGAAGAAGGAGGAGAACACGGCAGCUUGUGAAACUCCAGAGGGCACACCUGGUGACAGCAAGAAUGCCAAGAAGAAGAACAACAAAAAGACCAAUAAGAAUAAGAGCAGCGUGAGCCGAGCCAAUAAGAAGAAGCCUGGGAUGCCGAAUGUAGCUAACGAUCUUUCCCAGAAACUCUACGCCACAAUGGAGAAACAUAAAGAGGUGUUCUUUGUGAUCCACCUGCAUUCUGGGCCCAUGGUCAAUACAUUGCCACCCAUAAUGGACCCAGAUCCGCUGCUGACCUGUGACCUGAUGGAUGGCCGUGACGCGUUCCUAACGCUGGCACGUGACAAGCACUGGGAGUUCAGCUCUCUUCGCCGCUGCAAAUGGAGCACCAUGUGCAUGCUGGUGGAGCUGCAUAACCAGGGCCAGGACCGCUUUGUCUACACCUGCAAUGAGUGCAAGCACCACGUAGAGACUCGCUGGCACUGCACCGUGUGCGAGGACUUUGAUUUGUGUAUCAACUGCUAUAACACUAAGGGCCAUGAGCACCAGAUGGUUAAGUGGGGUCUGGGUCUGGAUGAUGACAGUAACAGUCAGAGUGGAGAAGCCUCUAAGAGCCCACAGGAGAGCCGGCGCCUGAGUAUCCAGCGCUGCAUUCAGUCUCUGGUGCAUGCCUGCCAGUGUCGCAACGCCAACUGUUCCCUGCCGUCCUGUCAGAAGAUGAAGCGGGUCGUGCAGCACACUAAAGGCUGCAAGCGUAAGACCAACGGCGGCUGUCCAGUCUGCAAACAGCUUAUAGCUCUUUGCUGCUAUCACGCUAAGCACUGCCAGGAGAACAAGUGCCCUGUGCCGUUCUGCCUCAACAUCAAGCACAAACUCCGUCAGCAGCAGCUGCAGCACAGGCUUCAGCAAGCUCAGAUGAUGCGGCGGCGUAUGGCCACCAUGCAAGGUCGGGCCAUGCCCCAGAGCCUCCCGUCACCUCCGCCCUCCACAGCCCCGAGCACGCCCACCCCCCACCAGCAGCCUAACACACCCCAGACCCCACAGCCUCUGUCCAACCAACCUGCUACACCCAAUGCCGGUGUCAUGUCCCCUACUUAUCCCAGUACUCCCCGCAAUGGCCAGCCCCCAGCACAAGCAUCCCAAGGCAAACCAGGUCCCCAGGCCUCCCCUCUGCACCAGCAGCAGUCUCCUCUCUCUCAGCCCCCACCCCAGCAGCAGCAGCAGCCGCAGCAACCACAGCAACAGCAGCCUCCUCCGCAGCAGCAUCCCCCGCUGGCGGCCGUCAAAAUGGCACGGCACAUAGAGAUGGUGGCACAGGCUCAGCAGACCCAAAGCUACCGCAUGACCGUGAAUGGCCUUCCCAUGAACCACCAGCAGCCGCGCAUGCCAGGCACCAUGCAGCCACCAACCAUGCAGAUGGUGGGCCCACGGGGGCCGCAGGUCAUGCAGCCUAUGGCACCAGGUCAGUGGCCCGGAGCCCCCCAGGCAGGUAUGCAGGCAGCGCCAUCACAGCAGCAGGUGGCUCCACAGCAGCCAGCUCAAGGCCCACCCAUGCAGAGGCCCAUGAUGCCUCAGCAGUCACAACCACAGCAACGCAUGAUGGUGCCAACGCAGGGACAGCGUCCACAAGCGCCUCAGAGACCUGGAGCAAUCGCCCCAAAUGCCCUGCAGGAUCUACUGCGCACGUUGAAGUCACCCAGCUCCCCCCAGCAGCAGCAGCAAGUCCUCAAUAUUCUCAAGUCCAACCCGCAGCUCAUGGCCGCCUUCAUCAAACAGAGAACAGCAAAGUACCACGCCAACCAGCCCCAACAGCAGCAGCAGCAACAGCAGCAAGGUAUGCAGCCAGCGAUGCAAGCUAUGGCGGCCAUGCAGGGUGUCCAGAGGCCUGGCAUGCCUCAACAGCCUCAGCAGCCAACAACACAAGGCAUGGCAGCUCUUGGACCAGGUCAGCUCAUGAACCCAGCACACGCCAACAACUCUCAGCAAUUGGAAAUGUACCGCCGUCAGCUCUUGCGCCAGCAGCAGCAGCAGCAGCAACAGCAGCAACAACAACAACAACAGCAGCAGCAGCAGCAACAGCAGCAGCAGCAGGGUGUGAUGCCCCAAGCGCACGGCCAGUUCACCCAGACGCAGGGCGCUGCAGCCAGCUACUCGCAGCUCCGGAUGCAGCAGCAGUUGGCCAUGCAAGGGGCCGGAGGGCCCAUGGGUCAGCUGCCUCCCAUGGCCCAAAUGGGGCAGCCUGGGAUGGGCAUGGACAGCAGCACGCAAAACCUUUUGCAUCAGCGCAUGCUCCAGCAACAACAACAGCAGCAACAACAGCAGGCCGUCCUCAAGACACAGAUGGGUUCUCCUGCUCAGCCUGGCCCCAUGAGCCCACAGGCUCAUCUUCUGGCUGGUCAACCCCAGGGCCCACACUUGGCUGGCCAGCCCAUGGCCAAUGCACUCAGCAACCAGGUGCGUUCGCCAGCCCCUGUGCAGUCGCCCCGGCCGCCGUCCCAGCAGCCGCCGCCCCAUUCCAGCCCCAGCCCCCAAGUCCAGCCACAACCCUCACCCCAGCAUGCUCCCGCCCCACCCCAUUCUGGAUCGCCCCACCCUGGCCUUGCUGCCCCCAUGCCUGGCUCUAUGGAGCAGGGACACAUGGGCACGCCAGAGCAGAGCGCCAUGCUCCCGCAGCUUAACCCACCCAACCGCGGGGGGCUGCCCAGUGACUUAGGCAUGGUGGGCGAUACCACGGGAGACACGCUGGAGAAAUUCGUGGAGGGGUUGUAGCGUUUUCUGCAAGACUCCCACUCCCCUCCUCCCCCUUUCCUUUUUACCUUUGUCCCUCUUUUUUUGUUUCCUACCCUUAUCCUCUAUGAAGAUUUUUUUUUUUUUGUACUGACAUGUAAAAAGUUCCAAGAAAUGUAAGAGGAAAAAAAAAGAAAAGAAAUAAAAAAAAAACAAAACAAUGCUAGGAAUGUUGUUUCCUAAAGCAAGACUGAUAUUUCUUCCUUUGCGUUGAGGGAUUAGAAAAUUGCUGUUAAAAAAGAAAUUUAAAUCACAAAGAAUAUAUUUUUGGUUCAGACCAAAUGUGGUCAUUGUUUUGUUUUAAAUCUUAUGUCUUUGUUUUCAGGUUUUUUUUUUUGUUGUUUUUUUUUUUCCCCCUUUCUUUUGUGCGAUAUGGUUUCAUGGUCUUCUUUUUUUUUUUUUAAGAGAAUUACAGAAGUUCAUUAUAUUAUUCAUACCUUUUUAUUUUGUAUCCUGUCUAACUUUAAGACGUUUGUGUUUAAAAACUGUAAAAUAAUUUGUCUGGGGAUUUGGGCAAAGUUUUCUCUGCUCUCGUCUUUCCUGGCGAUUGUAUUCUAGUGUUGUACCGUUUUUUUUGUUUUGUUUUCAGACAUGCAUUUUGGAGGAAACCCCCUUUCCUCAUUGUGAAGUCUUUAUGAGGACAACUAUUUGUUUGUGUUGAUAGGAACUGGGCAUACACACACAAACACACACACACACACACACCGUACACACAUGCAAACAUGUCAAACACAAUAUGGCAACCACCCCAAGAGGAUGUGCAAACUUGGACAACAUCUCAAUGGCCUGGAUCCAGAAUUUCUGUCUUGCAGAUGUAGAAAAUUGUUGCUUUUUGUCCUAAUUUUGUGAUACAGAUCUAUAAGUAUAAAGUGAGAGGGAGGGCGGCCCCUGAGCUGAGUGGGUUUGGAAUGAGCGAUCACUGGUUGACUGCUUUUUGGAACACUUGAGUUCUACUAUCGACCCUCAUUCCUCUCACACACAAACUUGAACCGGGGCUCCACUUUUCCUCUUAAUGUAAAUCAUGCAAGUUAUUAAGCAAAAUACUAUAAAUAUAAGGAAGAGAGAAUGGAUUCACUGUAUAAACUGGUUAAAAAACUUAUUUCUUACUUAUAUACCAUAUUGUUAAAUAAACUGUGUGCAACAGAUCAAAUCCA